AUGUUGGCGACGGAGGCGAUCAGCAGGAUUGGAAACUGGAUGCAAGGAAUGAAGUUGCAGAUAGCCCAGCACAAAACGGAGGUGUUAUUGGUCAGCAUCUGCAAAGUACUGCAGCGACUAGAAAUCACUGUUGGGGAGCAUGUCAUAGUCUCGAAGCGGGCUUUGAAACAGUUGGGCGUAAUGCUAGAUGACUGUCUGAACUUCAACACUCACGUCGACUAUGCUUGCGAGAAGCCGGCCAAACGCUUUAUCGAGAAUCAUGCCGAACAACGCCGGGCCAGGCAGCAGCAAGAGGCGUCUUCUGGCCAGCGUAUCAUCGUCGAUACUGAGAUGCGGAGGCCCGUCUGGGUUGCAGCGCUGGAGACACAGCGGAAUCGAACAAAGCUGAGUAGUACGUUCAGGCUCAUGGCCAUGCGGCUCUCGAGCGCGUACAGGACUAUCUCAUCUGAGGCAGUCUUCGUUAUCGCUGGAACGAUCCCUAUCGGUACAUCCUAG